CAACCACAUGGACCACCAACAACAACAACCACAGCUGCAAUUGCCUCUUUAAGCAAGAUUCCUCUGCAGUUCGCUAUUCUUGUUGAUUGGCACCACAUUCCCUCAUGUGUUGAUGGUGAUUAUUUUCCCAUUUUCCUGUCUCCAACCCCACAUAAUGGAGUGCAUCUCCCUGCCUUUGUCAACAACACACUUGAAAUCACAGUCAGAUCGACAGCACAAUAUACCACGAUCUAUAACCUCAUUAUGACCGGGCCAAAUGGCAUCUCUAAACAGAGGAUCUCCACAGAAGAAUACACCAUAAAAUGGACUCCAACAGAUAAUGAAGUGAACGGCCAUUUUCCCAUUUGCUUUGUCUCUGAGGCAAGAGACAGAUACGGCAGACUCUAUCACUCCGAGCUACGCUGUGUGAUUGCUGAUGUUUCACACUAUGAGACCGUCGUUCACUGCAAUGAAACCACAAUGUCGGUGGAAGUGGAGAAGUCGUACUUGGUCAGACGCAACGAACACAUCUUACACCUGAAAGACGUAAAUGAUCCGGCCUGCAACCUGGCUGCUCAGUCCAACAGCACCCACCUGGUCGCUACCAUGUCACUGAACACCUGUGGGACCACAGUGGAGGAGGAUGAGGAUAACAUCAUCUUCAAGAAUGAGAUCACAUCUGCAGACCCGAGUGACAUCAUCAGCAGGCACCAUGAUGUGGAGAUCGUGUUUUCAUGCGUCUAUCCCAAACGGGCCAAUCUGACCCUGGGAUACAGACACAAGAACCCGUACGCCUUCACCGAGAAAGGCUUCGGUGCGUUCACCUUCCAGUUUGAGUUCUUUGAGAGCGAGAGGUUCAGGAGGCAGAGGGAUCCCAACUCUUACCCGGUGGAGGUCUACCUCAAACAGAUGAUCUACAUGCAGAUUAAUGCAACUACCUCCAUCCCCAACACGGAGCUGUUUGUGGAGUCCUGCAAGGCCACGCCCUAUGACAACCCAAACUCCCGCAUCAGCUACACCAUCAUUGCCAACGGGUGUGUGAGGGACGACACUGUGAGGGUUUACCCCAGCUCCGCCACUCAGUUCAGAUUUGGAAUGGAAGCUUUUGAAUUCAUUGGCUAUCACGAGGAGGUCUACAUCACCUGCACAAUCAUCCUGUGUGAGGCUGGUGUUCCUGGAACAAGGUGCUCUCAAGGCUGCAUCCAGUCCAACGGGCGCAAGAGGAGAGAAGCUGCUUCCCAGACCUCCAGGCACUCCAUUUCCCAGGGACCCCUGCACCUGGUCAAACCGUCUGACAGCCAAGUUUCUGGCUCGAGUCUGAAUCUGGGCCUGAACCUGGUCUUCAUCGCUGGCUGCCUGCUGGUGUGUGGAGUGGUGCUCUACCGGUCCAGGAGGUCCAAAGCUAAAUACCAGCUCCUGCCGACCUCUGAUGAUGAGAAAUAAAUUCUGAAGACAGAAAAGUCAUAAACUAGUCAGAUGCUUCAGGUGAUGGGAGC